AAAUUUCCGAGCAAUCAACUACCGAAAUACAUCAAAAAGACGAAAACAAUAGGAAGACUUAGGAACAUGAUUUUGCAACCAUAUGCUUCUUAGACUUAUACGGAAGGGUAGCUGUCUUAGUGUGCUACUCUUAUAAGUUUCGUACACUCAAGACCUGCCUAAGAAAGUCUGCUUCAAAGCAUUGAAAAAACCCGUGCAAUAGAAUAAUUAUCUCCUUGAAAGAUAAGCCCAUAUAAUAGCCCCAUGAAGAUAGUUUAAAUUGCCGGGAUAAUCUCCCUUUAAUUUCAAAUUUGGGCAAGUACGCCAUGUUAUUUUCGAUUUUCUUUAUUUUACUUUCUGCUUGUUUAAGCGUAAAUGCUUCCAAUUGGGCCGGAAAAUAUGCUUCAGAGCUACUGGAGCCGGUUGAUUAUCCGUAUAAGAUACAUACUGGUAAAUUAAAAGGUAUUAUUAAGUAUACUGAUGGUCCCAAAGAUAUUGAUGUCGGAACUCUAGUUAUGUAUGAGUUGCAAUCAGCAUUUUUCUUCAAAGGAGGCCAAUGGCUGUUAGUCAAUAGCGACCGUGACGAUGGAAAGACAUUUCAGGUUUCUAAUGAGUUUGCUGAGGAAAUUUUCCCCCACUCUGAAUGGCAAGAUACUGAAACCCUUGAAAAUACUUCAGAUGAAAUGAGUAUGCAUUUGCAUGUCUCCAAAGAAAUGGUGGAAGAGUUCUAUGCGGCAGCCGUUGAAUCAGCUCAUAGCAACGAUUUGUUUGAGGAAGUAUGUGACAGUCCAGAAAGUAAAUGGGAAUUUCCUGCUUUGGAUAAGAGUGGAAAGAAUGGAAUUGAGUUUGAUUAAGAAAGGCCCUGAUUGUUUUGAUUAUAUUACUAAAAAUUUUAUGCUUCUUGUUAAUUAA